AUGGGGGAACCUACCACCAUCCCACCCGAUAUAAUCGAGCGCCAGUCCCUCUGCUUCUCCCGCCCACUCCCCGGCAUGGUCGUGCAACACGGCAUACAGGGCUUCAAAGAGGAACUGGCACGCCUCUUCGAUCCCGCUGAGAGCAACGCCGCCGAGCAGCUAGUCCGCCUCAAGGAGUCCCUUCGCAUCGCCGACACCGACAGCUUCUGGAUGCAGCUCACCCGCGGCCUUGCCCAAAUCGCCGAUGCCCAGUAUGCCUUUGUCUCAAAGAGGAUCCUCGUUGACGACAAGAACGUUGCUGUUGAGCUGCCCCCCAUUGGAGAGCCUGGUGCUUGUCUCAUGGGUGAAGCCUUUUACAUCAACGACGACCACGGCAACGGCCCGGGCCACCUGAGGAACUUCAAGUACCACGCCUACCAGUGCCCGUGUGCCUACAUGAAGCACGACAAGGUCUUCAUCAUUCCCGAGAAACUCAACGACUUCAUCGUCAACAACCCAAACGACCUCAUUAUCCCCGGAGAGGCCUACCUUGGAAUCCCCCUCUUCGCCCAAGGUAAAUGCUUUGCCCACUUUGGUGUCAUGUGGGGGAAAGAGGGGGCUGAGCGACGCGUCUUGAGCUGGGGAUUUCUUGAGAUGAUGAUGCACAGCCUCGAGGACAUGAUUCUGGAACGCGUGCUCGAAGGCAAUGAGUUCGCCAGCGCUGCGCAGCCAGUCGACGCCGAGGUGCCCAAGAUUGUCCCCCACAAGGCUGUCUCGAUUGCCCAGUCACUCAAGCCUUAUGCCAGGAGCCUAUCACAUGAACUGAGGACGCCCAUGCAGGGCGUUGUUGGUAUGUUGGACGUCAUGAUGGCCAACGUCAAGGAGGCUUCGGAAUCUUUCCAACUAGACCCCCGCACACGCGAGAUACUCCACACGCUCAAGGAGAACAUUGAAGCGGUCCAAGACAGCUCAAGACGCGCAGUCGAGGCAGCAGACAAUGUGGUUCAUGCUUACGAUAUGAACAUGGGCGUUCCUGAAACCACUCAAUCCCCGCUAGACAAGUCUCCUGACCAAUGGAACACCUUUUGGCGAGAGGUGCGGCCCGAUCUGAUGAUUCCCGGCAACAGCAUGCAUGCACCCCUGCGUGGAGUAAAGAGGAGGAGACAGGAUGUAUCAUGGGCCGACUAUGCCUCCAAGACGCGAGUUUCCAAGCAGGCUCGUCAGCGUGUCCGCAAUACCUUGUCGGAAGAACCCCUUCCCCGCGGCUCUAAAUCGUGUCCCCCAAACCCAAGCCCCGCAGAAAUCCAGCAAUUGGACCGUGUCUGCUCACACGGCACUUCGUCGGGCAAGUGCGACUCCACAACUUCUCCAAUCUUCACUUCGGAGCACUCUACAGUACCUGGACUGCGGCAUACAAACUUGAGAGAAGUUUUACAGUAUGUCAUCAAUGAUGCUCUCAAAGUGGGAGGAAGGCCAGAUUCUGCCAUUGCCGAGGCCACGGAUACCGGAGAGCGUAUCGAAGUGCGAACACGUAGCUCAAAUGGAGAGGCGCAUACCAAAUGGAUCGAGUGGACUGUUUCCCCUGAUGUGCCAGAGACGAUAGUCAUUGACGAACGCGAUCUCGCCAAAAUGGUGUCUUGCCUUGCGCUCAACGCCAUCAAGUUUACCCAGGAUGGAUCCAUCACGCUUCAAGCCACACUCAGUGCAAAGGGCCGCUACAUUGUCAUCAACAUCAAGGACACUGGCUCCGGCAUCCCAGCGGCCUUUUUGCCAAAUCUUUUCAAGCCAUUUUCCAGGGAAGACGAUUCCCUAACAAGGCAGAGUGAAGGCCUGGGCCUUGGGUUGAUGGUUGCCAAGGGCAUUGCUAGGAAGCUCGGUGGCGAUCUUUUCUGUCUUCGUUCUCAUGUUGCAGGGCCAGCCAGAGGAUCUGAGUUUGAAAUGCGUGUUCCUCUUAACCCAGGUGAAAUUUGCAGUCGUCCGGCCACACCAUUUGGAUCGCCGACCCCUUCGAUCAAAUCUCGCAUGUCGCUCGAUCCCGAAGUUCCCCGUCUCGAUCUCGGCCGUGGCCCCGUUACUCCUCCAUUAAACUCUGAUUCCUUCAAAAACGACCCUGAGCGCCAAGCACCAGUCACGCCCGUCAUCACCGUCGACAAGGCAAGCCCGCCGACCCAUGUUGGCCUGGUUACUCCCCGCCGCACCUCGUCACCCCCACGACGCCAUACAGCCCGUGCCUUGUCCUCUGAAAAGGAAGUGACGCCACCUGACCUAGGCAAUCAGCUUCCUCUCAACAUUCUUGUCGUAGACGACAACGCCAUCAACAGGCGUGUCCUCGUGAGCAUGCUCGGGAGGCUGGGAUACAAAAACAUCACCACUGCAUUCAAUGGCAACGACGCCGUUGAGACUGUCCGUCGCAACGCGCUUGGGCCUGCCUCUGCAACCUUUGACGUUGUUCUCAUGGACCUGUGGAUGCCGUUGCUGGAUGGCUUCCAAGCGACUGAGGUGAUUUUAUCAAUGAAGGAGCUCACAACCAAACCCACAAUCCUUGCUGUCAGCGCAGACAUCACCGAUGCCGCCCUCGACAAAGCAGUCAAGAGCGGGAUGAAGGGAUUUGUCACCAAACCUUUCGUUACUCGCGAUAUCGCCCGGUUGCUUCGGACGUAUUGCACGAUUUAA